UAAUAUAAUAAUUAAUUAGUAAAACAGUUAGCGACGCAAAAAUAUAAUGUAAUUCUAACGUAAUAUGUAAUUAUGAAAGUAAUUAUCGGUGAAUCUCUGGUGCCAUACAUGUUGUCUAUCGGAUAACACAAUGAAUGGACAAAGUUUUGUGCUAAUAAUGACAAUUCAAUUUUGUUUAAUAUAUGAAUACAAUGUUUCGCAACACAACACCAACGAUGAAGAGGUGGUCGGCGUUAAAGAUAUCAAUAAUAACAACAAUAGGAGUAACUGUUCGUACUUUUACGAAGAGGUGGUUUGCGAUUGCGAUGAAACAGCUCUAGAGCUCAAGUGCUAUAACAUCGAGGCGUCCGACGACUUGAUUUUUGCAUUCAAUCACGUGUUAAAUGUGACCAAAAAUUAUUACUGGACUCUAUUGGAAGUGCAUUGCAUUAAUCCGUUUGAUUCGGUCACCAAAACAUAUCAUAUAAGCGCCGAUAUCUUCACAAAUGGACCAAAGUUUGAGCGAAUAGUGUUUGUCGGCGACUGUAGUAAAGCUAAACAUUACGAUAAUCUGUUGGCCACAGACAGAGACACUGAGAGUGUGUUUAUGACCAAAAACACGGUCCGAAUGGCCACCACUUGUAAUCUGUUUCAAACUAAACUCGAAAGGCUUCAGGAAUUGACAAUUACUGACUCUCUGAUGGCCGGAGAUAUGAUUUCGGCCACAUUUUCCACCAAAUGCUUAGGCCAAUACGGGACGAGGAAUGAGGCGCUUCCUAUGGCACGGUUACGGAUAGUGGCGUGUAAUCUAACCUUGAUAGAAAGCGGAGCGUUUUUCAAUCUGGCUGAAUUGCAAGCAAUUGAUUUAAGCGACAAUCAAUUGACACAUCUCUCCCGUCAGGCGUUUGCCUCGCAUUUGUAUAAAUUGCGUUCAUUUGUGUUGCGAAACAAUCGACUGACGGCACUGUCGACGGACUUCUUCGACAAACUGCCACAACUGCGAGCGCUCGACCUCUCAGGCAAUCUGUUGACGGCGUUGCCAUUCGUGGCCAGACAACCGCGGGGAGUCCAGUAG